AUGCCCAACCCAAAGCCACACCAAAUCCCAACAACCUCUUCUUCUCUGGCUUCCUCUGGCCUCGUGGCUCACAUGAAGGACACAGAGCUGGUAACUAGAGGGGCCUUGGAGUUUCCAGGCUGGGAGGCUGGGUCUUCCCACCGAGGGGCACCCACUGGGACAGCUGCCUUGUCACCACAGGUGCCAACAAACCCCAUGGGGAUGGUGGCCCCACCAGGUGGGCGGCUCAGCACAUCACCACACCCCCAGGCCCUGCUUCAGGAAAAGCAACAUUUUGUACACCAACUCACCUCUGCUGAAGUCCUUGGCCGGCCCCCACUGGUGCAUAUGACCCCGCUGAGCACCCCAGCCUUGAUCAACCUACCAUCACCUCCUGGAGUCAUCACCCUCAAGAGUAGACCCACCCAGCUGCAUGGCCUUCCUCCUGGGAUCAACUUUGCCAACCUCGAGUGGUUGCCCAAGGAGCCAGCCAACACACUGACCACUUAUCUCUGUACUUUUCCCACUGGGCCCAGCCCUGGGGAUGCCUCUGCUUUCUGGCUUGGCCCUAAGAAGGAGAGCUUCCUCCAGACAUGCACACUGGACAGCUCCCGGAGUUGCUGGUGGCCUGGUUGUGAAAAGGUCUUCCCAGAGUCAGGGGGGCUCUUGAAACACCUCGAAGAGGACCACCGCCUAGAUGAGAAGGGGAAGGCCCAGUGUCUCAUCCAGAAGGAGGUAGUACAGAAUCUGGAGCAGAAGCUGCUCCUAGAGAAGGAGAAGCUAGGGGCCAUGCAAGCCCACCUCUCGGGGAAGUUGGCACUGGUGAAGCCCCUGGCCGUGAGCCCGUCCACAGAGAAAGCAACUUAUUGCCCAUCAGGGAGCCUGGGCCCCACCUGGUCAGCCUGGCCAGGAUCCCCAGAGGAUGAAGAAGCUCGGCUCCCAGGGCAGGGCCUCUUUGCAGUUAGGAGGCACCUCUGGGGCAGCCAUACGUCCCCAGAAUUUGUCCAUAAUCUGGAGUACUUCCGAUCUCACAAUCUUCGACCACCCUUCACCUAUGCCACUCUCAUCCGCUGGGCCAUAUUGGAAGCCCCUGAGAAACAGCGGACGCUCAAUGAGAUCUAUCACUGGUUCACCCACACCUUUGCUUUCUUUCGGACCCAUCCAGCUACCUGGAAGAAUGCCAUUCGGCACAACCUGAGUCUGCAUAAGUGCUUUGUCCGGGUGGAGAAUGAGAAGGGGGCGGUGUGGACUGUUGACGAGUUUGAGUUCCGAAAGAAGAGAAGUCCGAGGCCCAGCAGAGACCAAGACUUGAAACGCCUGCUGUCCUGCGCCCCCCUGGCUGUGACGGAGGCCUGGCUCCCUCUGCCCCCCAGCUGAGAAGCCACACCUGAGCCUGGC